AUGACUGCCGAUCCCGCCCGGCCCUCCCUUCCUCCCUCCCUGCCCAGCCGACUCCGCGCGGGAGGCUGCGGGAGCGCCCUGCGCGGGGACUGCGGGGACACAGCCGCAGCUCCCGCCAGCAAGCGCCCAGCCCGCGCCACACCCCAUCUCCGCCGCCCCAGCCGGACACUCGGGAAAGUUGCGAGGGCUCAGGAGGCGGGAGGGGAGGACAGGAGGAGAGGGGCGAAGGCGUGGACCCGGCGGGCAGCCGCGGAGCCCUCCCGGGAGAGAGAAAGAGAAAUAUCGAUGCAAGAGAGAAGCAUCAAUUGAUUGCCUUCUGUGCGCACCCCAGCCAGGGAUGGCAUCCACGCUCC